AUGGGCCCCUGUACCGCCUCCUCAUGCUGCUGCCAGGCCCGUAAUCUGCCAUGGGCCCCCGUACCGCCUCCUCAUGCUGCUGCCAGGUCCAGAGUGUCUCAUGGGUCCCUGUACGGCCCUCCCAUUGCUGCUGUCUCCAUCGCCACACUCUGCCAUGUGCCACUUUCAGGUCUCCUCACACUGCUGGUGUGUUCCAUUACCGUCAUAGGGUUGCUGGCAGAUUACCAGGGCCCCUCCCAUUGCUGCUGCCAGGCCCCCGUAAUCUGCCAUGGGCCCCUGUGCUGUCUCCAUCGCCUCCUCAUCUGCUGCCACUUUCAGGUCCAGACACUGCCAUCAUGGGUCCCUGUACGUGCGGCCUCUGCCAUUGCUGCUGUCUCCAUUUUGUCACUGUCAUGUGCUGGCAGACUGCUACCACUUUCAGGCCUCCCACACUGCUGCCAUGGGUUUUCA